GCCGCGGCGCGCUGGGCCGCCGUCGAGUCAGUUCCGGCACUCCGCCGCCAGCCGCGCUCGCCGCCGCCCGCCCUAGCCCGCCCGCGCCCGCGCCCGCCCAGGUCCGUUUCGUGUCCACGAGCACUUCGUAUCAACACAAGAUGUCCAUCUCGGCGUUCCGGCGGAAGAAGCUGCUCUACGUGUUCAACGUGUUCUUCGACGUCAACCAGAGCGGCACCAUUGAGAGGAAAGACUUCGAGCUCGCCAUCGAGAAAAUCUGCAGCCUGCGCGGCUGGAAGCCCGGCGACGCCAAGAACACUGAGACACACGAGAUCAUGAUCAAGAUCUGGGAGGGACUGCGCAAGAGGGCCGACUCCAACAGGGAUGGACAGGUGUCGGUGGAGGAGUGGGUGUCCAUGUGGGACGACUACGCGCAGAACCCCGGCGGCGCGCUGCAGUGGCAGCAGCUCUACUGCCGCUUCAUGUUCCAGCUGGAGGACGCCAGCGCCGACGGCACCAUCGACUGCGACGAGUUCACGUCCGUCUGCUCCUCCUACGGCAUCGACGCGUCCCAGUGCCGCGCCGCCUUCGCCAAGAUGGCCAAGGGCAAGGCCAGCGUGUCGUGGGAGGAGUUCCAGGACCUGUGGAAGGAGUUCUUCGCCACCGAGGACCCCGACGCGCCCGGCAACUUCAUCUUCGGCCGCACCAGCUUCUAGACCCGCGCCGCACCGGCAGCGUCCGCGCCCGGCCCGGCCCGGCGGAGCGCGGCCCCGGGUGAAGCACUGACGUUCGCGGGAGAGUUCGCUCACUGCGCUCUGCGCGUGUGUUCAGAACUCAAUGUACUCAUUAUCUUCUUAAUAUUCGAUAUUCGGAGUCUUCACACUUUUUUCCACAUCGAAGCUCAAAAUGACUUUACGGUUCCUUAGGGCGCGUGCGAACAACGAACCUUUUCACUUCAAGUUUCUCGAGUAGCAUAUCUCGUAGUGAUAUCUAGUUAUAGUUCCUGAUCUACUCUCUGCGCUCGUCGGGCGCUCGUGUGCCCGCGUGAGACACGCGCCACGUGCUGCGAGUGAACGUGAGCACACGACUCGCGACAGAGAUUCGUUGUGCCGUGUUGUAUGAUUUAGAUGAUUCUAAUGAUUCCAGUUGUUAUGUGAGUAUUUCAAUAUUUUAUUGUAUGUAUAUAUUAUGAUGAAAUAAAGUUUAUGUCACACC